AUGCAGGUGGGGGGGGGGGGGGGGGGGGGGGGGGGGGCCGGCCCCCGGCCCCUAAGGGGGGAGGCCGGCCAAAAACUGAUCCCACUAAGGGAGGAAGGGGGGGGGGGGGGGGGGGGGGGGGGGGGGGUUAGGGGGGGGGGGGGGGGGGGGGGGGGGGGGGGGGAUGGGGGGUUGGCACAACUGCUGCAUGCACCUCGUCCACUUGGGCAAACCGUGGUAUCCACUCAAGUAAGGUUAAACGAUUCACCUUUUCUUCACGCCUGUGAUUUGAUGGGUGAAGCAUCGAAAUCCACUAUUUCUGUGGACUUUCGAAUGCCUCCUCUAACUGCUGCCGCCAAAGCGUUGAUGGACGGUCUGCAGUUCACCGACCAGAUGGACGAAGGCGACCCUCGUCUGGAUCGAUGUUCAUGGCGCUUCAAUCCGUGGCUCAUGGCUACCACUGGUUCUACUGGUUCCUGCGCGGAGCGGAUGCGCAUUCCGGAUCCUACCAUGACCUUGUUUCAGCUACAUUGUUGGCUACUGGAACGCUGUGAGCGUGAAGCGGGGACAUUGCAUCAGCAGCUCAAAGAUACCGACGACCCGUCGCUGGAGCAUCAGAUUGUGAAUUCUCAAAACAAAGAGGAGCCGGUCGCUUCGCUAGACUCCGACCGGUUGCCUCCACCACCAGACGAUUGGUUCGUCGGAGAAUCCAGCUCACGCCACCUGCUAUCCACUGUGGAGCGGUUUGCAGUGGAUAUAAAUGCGCCACUACAAAAUGACUGGGUCGAAGCGAUGGAAUCACUGGAACCACAUUUGGCUUCCGGUUUGGCGUUCCUGUAUCACACCGACAAGCAGUUGUUUCAACGUGCUACAAAAACUCUCCUCAUAUGGGUCUACGCAGGUCUGGAUAUGUCAGUUGCCCUGAGACAGUCCAACAGUGGAUACAUUGUUCGUCAUUUACUGGCCGGGGUUCGGUUAACCGGACUUGUCACUGCGACUCUCGACCCGGCCAUCGCCUGCUCCCUACUCUACCCCAGCAGUGCAGUAGUGGACCGUAACUCUCUACAGUUUGAAUCCUUUCAGGUGCAGCAUCUGCUUUUGAAUCUCCUCGAAUCGCCUCUCAUUACGACUCCUCUGCGUCUGGCAAUCUGUCGUGCUUUGGAUCAGACGGCUCGGUUACCCGUUGGUUUGGAUGCAUUCUUUGGCCGACCCUGCCCCAUAUCAUAUAUCCAACCCGUCGAACAACCCCAAGACGACAUCCAAAUGUCUUGCCCUCCCCAACCAGACGAGGCAAUGCAAUCCACCGCGAAGACGAUCCCACAGCAAUCAAUAUCUCCCUCUGAAUCUGAUGCGGUUGUGCCUGAGGAGCCUGGUGUAAAGCAGGAGGACUCGCCUGCAUCAUGUGCGACGUCUCCCAAGCCUUCAGAAACCGAUGACGGAGACUGUCUUUCUCCUCCCACCCGCACACCAUACCAGCGCUUGGUGUUUCUGCUGGGCGCGAGCAAGAACACCCGUGUCACCAGCGCUUAUCAACGUUUGUUGAACAAGUUGCACGCUUAUGAGCUGUUGUUGGAAUUCCACGAAUUGGUGGACAGCCUGCGUGUGGUAAAGCCUUCUGACGAGCGUUUCACUCUGUCGCUGGAACUAGAACGCAAGCUGGCCUAUUACCUGAACCAAAUCGCCCAUUUGGUUCACAACGCACGAGAUAUCAUUGCAAACCCUCGUUCCACUUUACCGUGCCCGAUGCUAUUGGACUCAGACAGGCUUUCAUACCAUGACCCUUAUCCGGAUCUGUGCUCCAUGGUGGACUCUACUGGUGUGCUGGAUGACGUUGGUUGGAUUGCCGAACAUUUCACUGAUUCUGAAAUAUGUCACCGGUCGUCCACCAGCGAUCCGGAAUCGUUCUCCCAGGACUCUGUGCCAUUCCAGCAAGAAUGCAUUGUGUCUAUUGGAUCCGGUGUUGAUUCAGGAUUUGUUUCUAGUCCUUUUGAAUGUCUGUGGUUGUCGUUCACAGAUCUCCUCUCUACCCUCCUUGGUGAACUAAACUCCCUCACUCUGCUCGCUUCUCGCCCAGAGCCGGCUUGCCGACUGUUGUUGUCGCUUCUAAAGGCUUCAUCGACUAUGAACUCACUUGAGGAACACACAUCCACAGCGUUGGCGCUGGGACUGGAAAUGGCGUACAAAUUGGAAACUCUGCGUUGCCUGGAUACGCUCAUUAACUGGGCUCGUAAAAAAGGCGUCACAGGCACCUACACGGCAGUGGAGCGGUUGAACACCGAUGCGGAUGGUCGGGCGCUUGUGGAACCAGCGCUGACUGAUAGUCUGUUCGGAUUGGCUCGUUUGUGUGUCGGUUCCUUAAGCUCUACAAGCCUUGGCUCGUCCACACAGCAACUGACCGACGCAGUCAAAUCCAUGCUCUGUGCUUCCGCCCCAUGCUGGGUGGCCGAAGUCAUCGGGAUGGACGACUAUUUCGCUCCAUUCCUGAUGCUUUUGGAGGCAUUUGCUUCUGUUGGCAACAAAAUCGAGGCGAAAAAUUCGGACAGGUGGAGAGAUGUAACCGCUGAUGAACGUGGGUCCAAGACGCAGGAUUCUUCAACAGAACCCUCCUCUGAUCAAGCUCCUGCGCCAGGUCUUCGCUCCACACUGCGCCAAAUCCUCGCAAAUCCUCUGGAUCCGGCUGUUUUACUCAACAUUGUUGUUCUUUCCGUGCUGCGUCACAACGAAGAUGUAGCUUAUCUGGAGCGCUACAGUCCCCGUUUGGCCCGACUUGUCUCGAAUUACAUUUGGGAAGAUACUUUGGGCGAAUCUGCCGCAUUUGCCACUCUCAUGCACCUUCCCUCUUUCGAUCGAUCAUGUGCCCCAUUCCUCCACUGGCUACGCGAAUGCCCCACUCCGGUCUCCGUUUCUAAAGUGCUCGAUUUGUCCCAAACCGGUUCGUCCUCCGCCGAGUUGUUUAGCUGGUUAGUCAAUCAGCUUAAACCGGUGUUGGCCGAAUUGGAAGAAGCUCUAGAAUCAUUGCUGAGCAUUGAGACUACCGACGAACUUCUGACGACCGGUGGCGGUACUGGCACGACUCCACAAAGCGGCCGUAGACCACAACCACAUCAGGGCAUCAUGGCCAAGUAUUGUAUCCCACCAGCGACACUUUUGCUUCUCCGUCUGCUGCGUUCUCAUGUAUGCGAGCCAACCGGUUCAGAAACGCUCUCAAACAAAAUACCGGAGCGUCAAAUUUUGCUCCACCGCAGUCUCUUUCUGAUUGAGUUGUUCAGUGCGAAUGGACUUCAGAAGCUUUCCACUUUGAUACAGAAGCUAAGCGAGUUCUUUAUGCUCCAUUGUCAAACCGUUCUUGGCCAAUCUCUUCGCCCCAUCGAUUUGGUUGGUAUCAGCACUACCAAUUACAACGUCAGCAUGCUGUUCAGCAUGUUGGAAUGCGCUGUUCACAUCGUCUCUCAACUGCUUUGCACUAUAUUGCACGCUCAAGGCAGUGAGUUCCGCGAUCUGACCCCGGUACGCGCUUUGUGUCAAGCUUAUGCGUGCACUGUCUACGCGGUCAACACUCCGGGUCCGAAGUGGCGCCAAUUAGAGUGUCUGCGGAAAGGCGUAAUAGCUGGUUUACUUGCCUAUAUCAACACGGAAUCGAAUAUCACCUUGUCCGUCAAGGAGAUUGAGAAGUCUCUAUGGGUCUCGAUUUGUCGCGAGAUUGUGGCGUUCACGGUGGCUGGCCCAAUGUAUUACCUACCUGGGCUCAAAAUUUUGCUGGAUCUGCUUCCCCUUCCGCUUCCGGUGCACGUCGUCGAUCCUCUGGAAGAUUCCUCUCAGCGAAGAAUCCGAUCUGCCCGCGACCAAUGGGCUGUGCAUGUCCUUGCGUUGUCUCGUGAAUUCACCGGUCUGAUUGAACUGUUGGGAGGAACCAAUCCGGAACCGAGUAACCCGCUGUACACCCAUUUGUUGCAGUUGAUACGCCGCUUGGCUGAUUUGGGGCUGCCAUGCGCCACUCUCUUGGGCUCCGCUUGCUUGGACUCAAUAUUUGCUGUGUGGGAAGAAUUGUUCACCGAGCUCAGAGAAUGUUCCGCGACGGAUGAUACCCAAAACAGCACAGAUGUGGCUGCGAUGGACAAACCAUCGCAGCCCAAUCGUUUGGACGCUGGCGAAUCCGGGGGAGCUGAGGGUGGUUCACCCCACCUUUCCGCCUCCGAUGCAUCCAUACCGCUGCGGACACCUAGCGCCCGACUAUUGUUCCAUCUAAUGUCUGGCACCGAUACCGCCUCUGACGAUGUCCCACCGUCUUUCGGUACCCGACGGCCCGAUGUGGUUAAAUCAUCUUCGGACUCCGCUGGGUCUGAUACGGUGUCUAACCACCGACUAACUGAACUAGACGACUCAACCGAACUCUCUUCAGCCCUCAGCCUGCUCCAUGCGAACCUCCAAAUCCCGGCAUGUCGAUUUGUCAUUUUGUAUUUAAUUCGACAAAGUUCUCCCCCCAAUCGGAGCACUCCUGCUAGGGGCCCUAAGAGCGGUGAGGAAGGUCAGUCAAAGUUGGAUCUGGUUGCAAGUCGCACACGGAUGCGUCAGUUCAUAUCAAUCGCCCAUCAUAUUUUACUGGCAUGCUCGGACAAACCUUGUCAUGUUCGAACCCAGCUCAUUCUAUUGAAAUGUAUCGCACUAAUGGUUCACCCUGAUAUCGCUUUGGGUGGUUUUGCAAUCGCGGACGAUCUGCACGAUGUCUGCUCAUCUGAGGAACCGUUUGAGUCCUUGCAAUUGCGCUUGGUCGAAGGACUACCGGAUGUCUGCUUCCUCGAUGAGAUUAUCUUCAUUCUGGUUAAGCACAUUAGCCAUCCAGAUCGGGACAUGACAACACUGCCAUCUGCGUUGUAUCCACUGCUGCUACUUGCCCAACAUGAUUACGGAUUUGCGAUUGUCCGAGAUGUUUUGGAUAACAAUGCCGCACAAAUCGACGGGCAUCACUUCUUCGCCACUAUGGUUCAACGCGUGAACGAUUGUUUCAGCGUGGAAAACCCUGAUUGCCAAGUUACCCUUGCCUGUUGCCUUCGUUUACUGCAAUCCUUGUUGGUGGGCCGCUCUACCUUGCCUCUCACCUUUGCACCCGCAGAGUCUGUGAAUCGGUACGCAGCUGUUGGGCUGCGGUCACUUCACGUGUCCGGAGCCAAGGUGCGCGAUUUUCUAGGCUGGUCGGGCGGCGCAGACGAAGGUAAAGCCGUGCGUGAUUUGCACGCACUUCUGGAGAUGCUGACAGAUGAUGAACCUUCGCUGGAGUACUUGCGUAGUGGAAUGAAAAAUUUGUUCUCCCUAUUGUCCGAAGAGGUGGAUGUGCCCGAAUGCGAGGUAUCUGCGAAUGAUGUACUUAUGUUGCCCAAACCUCGUCCUAUUGAAGAGCUGUUUGCGUCCCGUCCGCAUUUCGUCUGUCUAAGUGAUGUCGGUACCUCAGCGAGUAUGCAUCGAAAUGUGACACUAGCUCGUCAGCGUCUGUCCGUUGGACCACGCCCCGUUGAUGCUACAGAUGAGUAUGUACAGCCCAAGGAGACUUCGGCUUUCAUGGUGCCUUGCAACUUUUCCAAGCUCGCUAGCGACUGCUGUGGUGGCUUGAACAUUCGUGCUGAGUUGGCCAAACGCGGUCGUCAACAGGAUUCCGCUGAGGCUGCGAUCCGACACCAGAAACGCCGACGGGGUCACUCUUCCAUAAUCGAGAUGGGGCGCAGUUCGAAGAAAUUCGUGGCUCCGAUGCGAGGUCGUGGUUUCCUUCUUCGCUCCAGCGCCCACCACACCGGCGCAUCAAGUAACUCUAGCGCAUCCAGCUUACUGGGUCCAGGUGGCGGGUCGUGUCUAGCCGGCGCUACGAAUCGCACCGAUCCGUUCCGUUCUCGACCCCUCAACACCAGUCGUCCGCCUAGUUUGCAUGUGGACGACUUCACGAAACUCGUCAAGGAUGAAUCAGUGGUGGAGGAUGUUCAACGCCCCAAAGGAGGGUACCGGGACAACCGCAGUUUCAGAGGUCGCGGUCCGCGCCUACCUCCCAACCGAGGUGGUUCAACGGGCCUUCUCCCUAGCACCGCAAUACACACUGGCUUUCCAUUUGGCUUGUCCGCCUCCGCUUUGAACCCCCUGAGUGGCGGCAGCUCACUGAUUCCAUCCUGGCCUCCACCCACUCGUACCAUACCCCUACUGCCAUUCAACUUGGACACUCGCGGGAAUCAAGGUCGCCGUGACAGGCCAAUGCGAUGA